AUGGCGUCCUCGUCCAGUUCCUCUCGACGGGGCAGGCCCCGCGAUGACUCCUGUGGUCAGUUCGUAAUCGGUGCCGAGAUCGGAAAGGGCAGUUUUGCCAAUGUGUAUAUGGGCAAAGACAAGCCAUCGCCUGGUCAGGUUUCUGGUGCUGCGGUUGCGAUCAAGUCUGUUGACCUCGGGCGCCUGAACAAAAAGCUCAAGGAGAACCUCUAUGGAGAGAUCCAGAUCCUCAAAGAGCUCCGGCAUCCUCACAUUGUUGCCCUGCAUGACUGCCUGGAGUCUCCCACCCAUAUCAACCUCAUCAUGGAAUAUUGCGAGCUUGGUGAUCUGUCGCUUUUCAUCAAGAAGAGGGAAAAGCUGGUCACCAACCCUGCCACGCAUGAGAUGGCCCGAAAAUACCCCAACGUGCCAAAUUCUGGCCUGAACGAGGUUGUCAUCCGGCACUUUCUCAAGCAGUUGGCCAGUGCUUUGCAGUUCCUCAGAGAGAAGAACUUCGUCCACCGGGAUGUCAAGCCCCAGAAUCUUCUUCUUCUCCCCUCCCCGCAAUACAGGGAAUCUCACAAAUCAGCUCGCCCCAUCCUGACUGCGAGCCGCGACUCGUUGAUACCUGUCGCUGGCCUCCAGUCAUUACCCAUGCUCAAACUUGCCGACUUUGGAUUCGCACGCGUGUUACCAUCAACGUCGCUUGCGGACACCCUCUGCGGCUCACCCCUGUACAUGGCACCCGAAAUACUACGUUAUGAGCGCUAUGAUGCCAAGGCAGACCUGUGGUCUGUCGGCACCGUGCUUUAUGAGAUGGUCACAGGCCGGCCACCGUUCCGUGCAAGCAAUCACGUUGAGCUGUUGCGGAAAAUUGAAGCGGCAAACGACACAAUCAAGUUUCCCAGAGAGACUGCCAUUACUGCGGAAAUGAAGGCACUAAUCAGGCAAUUGCUCAAGCGGAAUCCCGUCGAACGCUUGAGCUUCGAGAACCUCUUUGCUCAUCCCGUCGUCACAGGCCCGAUCCCCGGAUUGGUAGAAGACGAUCUACCAGAACCGCAACCGCAACCGCAACCGCAACCGCAACCAGAAACAAUGCCCAGUCUGCCAUCUAGUCGGCGCAGUUCUCGCGACUUGCGGGCUGGUACCCGAUCAGACGAGCCUUCAUAUCUUCCUCGCAGGCAGUCUUCGCGGCGUUACGCCUCCGAGAAUGACCCCGCCCGAGAAGUAUCGGGCUCGUCACCCCACGACAGGACAUCGAGAACGGCGUCUAGCGAGGCUCCUCAAGGUGGAGAUGCACUUGCUCGACUGAGCUACUCACCCAGGCAAGAAGCUGCAGCAGAAGGGCUGGGUAUCCGGCGACCGCCUGCGCAAUCAUCAACAUCCGCCCCGAAUCGUCCGGCACUCUACGACGAGCGGAAGUCGCGGGUGUCAAACAUCGCCAAACGCUCAGUUCCAGAGAACCCCUCGCCGCCUUCGUCCCUAGUGAACGAGUCGGCUAGUCGUCGAAGCAAAGGUCAGCAGGGUACAGCAGCAUCAGACGAGCAAGAAAAGGCAGCCCAGGAGGUUGCCUUCGAGCGUGAUUACGUGGUGGUCGAAAAGAAGCAUGUAGAGGUGAACGCAUUUGCGGACGAGAUGGCGGCAAACCCUCGGCUCGGUGGUCAAAACACAUCCCUCUCACCCAAAUCUGGCCAGAUGGUUCGUCGUGCAACUCAGCAAGGUAACCCUACGUCUGUGACCGGCGCAGUUCCCGCUGCCCCUUCACGCGCAAUGCAGAUCGCCCAAGGCUCGUCCAGACAAUCUCAUGAGCACAAGCCGUCUCUAUCUGCCAGUCCAGGUUCCACCGCUUCAUUCAUCACCAAAGCCAUCCACGAUGCGAGCCUCCGCCUCCUUGGUGUCAAAUAUCCAGCAUCCUUGAUCGGUAAAGGACCUUCACCUCCUCAGCUGUACAGCCCCUUCCCAGCUUAUCCGACCCCGGCAUCCCCAGCUGGACUCAUUGGGGAUGGCAAACAAGGAACCCCCAUCGACGAGGAUGCCCGUGUGACACAGUGCAUCGAAGACUAUGCCACGCGUAGCGAUGUGGUGUAUGGCUUCGCGGAGGUGAAAUACAAGCAACUUGUACCUUUGGCACCCUCGAUGGACUAUGGUCUGGGGGGCGUUCCUGCAGAGAAAGCCUCGUCCGAUGAGGAGGAUGUUUUGACUGUGGAAGCUAUUGUCUCGCUGUCGGAAGAGGCACUAGUACUUUACGUUAAGGCUCUGUCACUGCUGGCCAAGUCUAUGGACAUUGCUAGCAUGUGGUGGUCCCGCAAAACUCGUGGGGACACGAGCAACAUCGCCCAUGCCUCCACAAGGGAUUCGACAAACACGCAGAACUUGGUCCUGAGGAUCAAUUCAGCUGUCCAGUGGAUUCGGUCCCGUUUCAACGAAGUGUUGGAGAAGGCCGAGGUCGUUCGGUUGAAGCUGGUCGAGGCGCAGAAACGUCUCCCACAAGACCAUCCGAGCCAUCCUAGUAACCACUUCACCGAGCAGAGCGGCAGUAUCGGCAACUCGGGGGCCGAUGGCGUCCAUCUCACUCCUGGCAUCAGCGCCGAGAAGCUCAUGUACGAUCGAGCUCUCGAGAUGAGCCGUGCUGCGGCUAUCAACGAAAUUGCCAAUGAUGAUUUGCCCGGAUGUGAGAUAUCAUAUGUUACCGCCAUCCGAAUGCUCGAGGCAGUUCUCGACAAUGAUGAUGACGUGCCCAGGAGACGAGUGUCUGGGGCCAAGGAGGAGAAGGCACAGGCCAGGGACGAGAGUCCUAGUGAGAUCAAUGUCGACGAUCAACAGGCUGUGCAAAAAGUCAUCCAAAUGAUUACUUCCCGCUUGGGCAUGCGCCCGAAUCUCAUCGAGCUCCCCGGCCUGCUCCGCCGGCACCAGGCCCCGCAGGCGCUCCACGUCGGCGUCGAACGCCCGCCUCUCCUCCGCCGUCAGGGGCCUCCUCCUCUCGGCCGCCAGCGCCGCCGCCACGCCCGCCGGCUCCCGCUCCCAGCCGCGGCCGGCGUCCCCGCGCCGCCGCGCGUUGGCGUGGCCGACGAGGUUGCCCCUGCGCACGACGACGACGGCGUCGACGGCGCCCGAGGCGUCGACGAAGGCGGCCGCGCUCUCGAGCCCGCGGUAGCUCAGCUCGUGGAUGCGCCGGGGCGUGAGCCGCGGCGGCAGGCCCCGCGAGCCGGCCUCGGGCAGGCGGCCGUAGUAGCGCGCCAGGAUGCCGAGGCGGCUCAAGCCUUCGGGCACGGCCAGCAGCGCGACGAGCACGGCGUACCCGCGCGCGCGGAAGAGCGUCGCGAUGGCGCUGAAGUCCUCGGGCGCGCGGCAGGCCGACUCGACGAGCGCGUCGAGGCCGAGGUCCGCCGCCGCGGCGCAGGCGCGGGUC